AUGGCGGUUGCUGACUUCAGGCUGGUCAAGGUUCUUGGCUGGGGUGGUUUGGGCGUGGCCAGUAUGUACGACGCCGUUGGCAAGGACAACAAAAUGUUACGGGUCGUGUGCAAGAUUGACAUCUUUCCCCAUUACCCGUGUAUCCCCCGUGAGGUCAAGGCCCAUCUCAUGACCGCGGGCGCGAAACACGUCAUGCAGCAGGUUAUCCUGCAGGCUGAGGGGGGUAUAUCUGAUGCCGCGAUCAACAGACUGGGAAAUAUAACGAGGCAGACAGCGGCUGGGGUGGAUAUGACUGCGCCUACGUCUAUUGAUAGCAGGGGGAGAAAACGAAAACGUGAUCCCAAGGAUGGCGAUGGCGAUGAUGAUUUCGAAGUGAUUGAGGCGGUGCCAAUUGGCGAGUUUGAUGAGCUGGAUUUGAACGAAAUCAAACACGACAUGAAAAAAGAGCUGGAUGCGAACCAGAGGGUGCUGUUUAUUCAGUUUAUGAAUCGUGGCCGGUGGGACGAUCAUAUCUGCAGGGCUGCCAUGACCGGGAGGCCGUUCCCGACCCUGGUUUUGUGGCAAGUGUUUGAUUGUUGGAUGGCCUAUCCCGAAGCCUUUAUGCAUUUGGACGUCGACCCGAGCAAAGUACAGGUCCCCGAAGUAUCUGAAACAGCAAGAGGUCUCAGACCACUCGAGCCCUACGAUAACAGAGACACGAUGGUCCAUUAUGACAUCGACCCAUUGAAUAAUUUGGGCCUGAUCCACAUCUACAACGGGAAUACCAGCGCCUGGGACUACUGGAAUUCGAGAGGCACAGGCAAACAAGCAGUUUACACACCUGAACAAUUCUCUGAAGAAUGGGAUUACAUCAACGGAAACCCAAGAACGAUCAAAUCCGAGACGGCUGGAAAAUCCAACUGGUGGACCAACCUGUAUCAAAUCGCACUUGUAAUCUGGCAAAUGGUGUCCCUCUGUCACGCAGAACUUCCACCCUCGCCUGAAAAGAUCACGAUCAAAAUGCUCGACGGCACCGAAACGACCGCAUAUGGCUUUGGUGGCUACAUCCUCAACGACAAGAAGUUCAAGCACAUCGACCGUGACCUCCGCGAGCUGAUCAAUCAGUGCAUGCUUCAUGUUCCCGCCAAGCGCCCGACGAUGGAGCAACUUGAGAACCAUCUCCGAAGCAAGACGAACAUACAGGGCGUGGACCCGCAAAACCAGGAACAGGUGGAGGGGCAGAGAUACUGUGAAUGGCUGUUCAGGGGGACUCCGGCGCCCAAACCGGCGCAGCCAGUUGAGCACAAACUACCGGCUGUCCUGAGGGGUUGGACGGUCAAGAAUGUGGUGGAGCAAAGAUUUGGUUGGAGACGCCCGAGGAGGCAGCGAGAAGGAAGGCGCUGA